AUGCUUAACUUUAUUCCAGUGACCGUUCCUGGCUAUGUGCAACCAUUGAUUGAAGCGUGCACAGCUUGGCUUGUGACUACUUUCCUUUCAAUUCCCGUGGCCUUCAUUCGAAUGUUCAUUGAAACACCUAUUAACGUGUUGAGAUCAUUAUGUUCCAGCGAACCGAACGUUGUAUUGAUCACCGGUGCAAAUUCUGGUAUUGGUGCAAGUUUGGCUGAAGCAUACGCAAAGCCUGAUGUUACGCUUGGACUCUUGGCUCGUGAUGAACGCCUCGAACAGACUGCGGAAAAAUGUAGGGAGAAAGGAGCAACUGUAACAACAAUAAGUUGUGAUAUCGCUAAUAAGGAAGAACUGGCCGAGGCUCUCAUUGAAUUCGAUGAGAGCAAUCCAAUUGACUUGCUAAUUGCUAAUGCGGCAGGCAUGGUGAGUGACGGUAAUGAAUGGGAGGACUCUUGGCAAAACAUCAUUGAUGUCAACUUUAAAGGCGCCGUUAAUACGGUCAUGACAAUAUUCAAACAAAUGAAGGAACGACCUCAUGUAGGAGGACAGAUUGCAAUUGCCUGGCACGCGCCACCACAGAUGUGCUAUUAUAAUGCCACAAAAACUGCCCUAACGUCUUUGGGGCGUGACCUACGCUACAUCGGUCGUAAUUACAAUAUCCAUGUCAAUGUCAUCGCCCCCGGCCUCAUUGGUACCCGAAUGACCCUUGAUGAACGGAGACCAUUCCCUUUUUCCUCUUGGUUGGCCGCGUCUCCUGAGAAUAUGGCAAAAAUUAUAAGAUGGAAUUUGUUCGAGGAUAACUUCGUUAUUACUUGGCCAUACCAUCAGUUUUUGCCAGAAUUAGCAAUAAGUUCUUUACCUCCGAGAGUCUUGGAUAGCGUGCAAUGGUUAGUUGGUAGAGCUUGGAGCGUAGUCAGCCCGGCCAAGGAUAAGCCGCUGACUUAG